AUGUCCCACCCGCGGGUGAGGCGAAACGGCUCCCCCACGCCGGCCACCGCCUUGUCGGGAGGAGGAGGAGGAGGAGGAAGCGGAGCGGCGGGUGGAGGAGCGGGAGCCGGGAGCCGGCUCCAGCCCAUGCGGGCCACGGUGCCCUUCCAGCUGAAGCAGCAGCAACAUGGCAGCCCUACGAGGAGCGGCGGCGGCAGCGCGGCCGGGGGGCUCCCGCGCUCGGCAGGCAGCGGCGGCCGCGGCGGGCCCGCUAUGGCCACGCAGACUCCCGGGGGAGGGGGAAGCAGCGGCGCCUCAGCCGCCGCCGUCGUCGCCUCCUCCAGGGGUAGCCCCACGCGUGGUAGUGGGACGCGGGGCAGCCCGCCUCGGCCGCAGCACCUCCCGCCGCCGCCUCCCCCCCCGCCGCCGCUGGGCUGCGGGCCCUCGCCGUGCUCGUCCCCCGAGGGCAGCGCCACAGCGACGGGCAGGGUCCGGCAUCGGAGGCAGUCGCCGGAGCAAGGCAAGAGCUCUCCGGAGAGGAAGAGCCCCAGCUCCCCCGUCUGGAAAGCUGACAAGUCCAGACCACCCUCAUCAAGCCCUUCCAGCAUCGUUCGCCGCACUUCCUCGCUGGAUACGCUCGCUGCUCCCUACCUGGCUGGGCAGUGGCCUCGUGAUAAUCAUGGACAAGCUGCUCCCUGUAUGAGAGACAAAGCCACACAGACAGAAAGUGCCUGGACUGAAGAGUAUUUAGAAAAGAAGAAAAGUUCACACAAACGUUCAGCAUCGUGGGGCAGCAAUGAUCAACUUAAGGAGAUUGCAAAGCUGCGCCAGCAGUUGCAGAGGAGCAAACACAGCAGCAGGCAUCACCGUGACAAGGAAAGGCAGUCUCCAUUCCAUGGUAACCAUGCAGCCAUUAACCACAGUCAGGCUCCCAUCCCAAAGAGUGCCCUUGUUCCUGUCAUACCCAUUACCAAAUCAACAGGGUCACGGUUCCGAAACAGUGUUGAAGGACUGAAUCAGGAGAUUGAGAUAAUAAUUAAGGAGACUGGAGACAAAGAGGAACAGCUUGUUCCUCAAGACAUCCCAGACGGGCACCGAGCGCCGCCUCCGCUGGUCCAGCGUAGCAGCAGCACUCGCAGCAUCGAUACCCAGACCCCUGGUGGAGCAGACAGGGGCAGCAACAACAGCAGUCGCUCCCAGUCUGUGUCCCCAACCUCAUUUCUGACCAUCUGUAAUGAAAGCAAUGAGGAAAGUCCCUGCUCUACAGAUGAUCUUCUUGCUGAUUCCAGAGAUAAAGAGAAUGGAAAUAAUUCUCCUUUGCCAAAAUAUGCUACCUCACCAAAACCCAACAACAGCUACAUGUUCAAGCGUGAGCCUCCAGAGGGCUGUGAGAAGGUGAAGGUGUUUGAGGAGAGCUUGCCAAAGCCAUUGCAUGAAAUUCCAGCCUUCUACUGCCCUGACAAGAACAAAGUGAAUUUCAUUCCCAAAAGUGGCUCUGCUUUCUGUCUUGUCAGCAUCCUCAAGCCACUUCUUCCCACACAGGAUCUCACACUUAAGGGGACUACACACAGCCUGACUGUCUCCUCGGGAAUGACACCCAGUUUGUUACAGCCCAUUUCUGUGGCUUCCUUGUCUACAAACACAGAUCAAGACAGGAUCUCCUGUGGAACAAGUACAAUAAUACCACAGACCUCUAUCCUCCAGCAGUCGGGACAUAUCGAGGAAGCUGAAGGAUAGAUUUAGAUUGUCCUGACAUUUUUCUGGGCAAAAUGGAACAAAAUGGGCAAAAAAAUGGAACCAGUUGAUUGGACCUUUCUGAUCACACUAUUUGCAUUGUUUUACCAAUUUAUGGCACUGUCGUAAAUGAACUGUUUGUAUAAUAGACAGUUUGGUAGCAUGUUGAAGUUAAGGAGGAUGCAGCAGCUGAUGCUCUGUUGCACUUUCUGCUUAUCAAGACUCUGGUUUUGUUUCUUCCCUGCUUUUUUAAACACUGGUGAAAACAAAGACUGUCAUAACCCUUUGCCAUUUAAAGGACCAGUUGUUACGAUGCUGUGUGUCCUUUGACCCUUUUCCCAUUAAAACAAAACUCCCAAGACCAGACAGCUGAUUCCGUUUACCAUUGUAAUCUGCAGAGGGAGGGGAAAUCAGAUGGUUUUGCAAGAUGUCUUUUGUAUGAAAAUGUGUAUUUUGUAACAAAAAAUUUGCCUUUUCUGGUGUGUAGCAGAUGGUGUUUAGAGGACACUUUCCUGGUGAUGAUGCCCCCCCUCCUUUUUUUGUGUGUUUUUUUUGUGUUUGUAGGGAAAGUUCUUUUUUUACUUGGCUGUUUUACAGCUACUGGGACCAAAGUAUUGCUGAAGUAUUUAAGCAGUCUCAAAAUCUGUGAGAGCCUUGCUGAACAGCCUCAGCCCUAAGCAAAAUGAGACCAGUUAAUGUUUCAAGCUUUUAAACCAGUAUCCAUCAAGCAGUGUUGGUAUAUAGUGUACAUUUUGUUGUUACUGGAAGUUUGUACUUCAGGUAAGUCACAUUUUUAAAACUCCUUUCUUCACAGAAUUCCCACCAGUUAAUUGUCUGGAAAAUUGCAUUUUAAAGCACUUGCCCCAGUAUAGUUCUGUUUGUCCGUAGAAUUUUUGUGCAGGGGAGGGGG